AUGGGAAUGGCGGCAAAGGAGCACUUUGUGCUUGUUCAUGGUGAAGGGCAUGGAGCCUGGUGUUGGUUCAAGCUCCGCUGGCUCCUUGAGGGCGCUGGCUACCGUGUUACAUGUGUUGACCUUGCCGGAGGUGGCGUCGAUCCUACUGAUCCCAACACAAUCCGGUCGUUCAAGCAGUAUGACAAGCCGCUCAUAGACCUCAUUUCAACCUUGCCAGAGGGGGAGAAGGUUAUUCUAGUCGGACAUGGUGCUGGAGGGCUGAGUGUGAUCCAUGCAAUGCAUGAAUUCGUUGACAGGAUCAGUCAAUCAUUUUUUGUGGCAGCUACAAUGCUACCAUUUGGAUUUCAAGCUGAUGAAGAUAAGAAAGAUGGAUUACCAACUUUGCCUGAGAACGAGAUUGAGUUGACACUUGGUGCAGGAGCAGAUGAUCCUCCAACGACCAUUGCCUUGAGGCUAGAAUUCCAGCGUGAUCGACUAUCACAACAAAGCCCUGAAGAGGAAUCAGUACUUGCUUCAAUGCUGAUGCGUCCGUGGCCUGCAACAGCUAUCAGUACAGCAAGCUUCGAAGGAGAUGAUGAGAGAUUGAACCGAAUCAAACGAAUUUUCAUAAAGACGGAGCGUGACCACAUGCUGGAUCCUCAACAGCAAGAUUCCAUGAUCAAGAAGUGGCCACCCAGUGAAGUUUUGGUCAUAGAUACAGAUCACAGUCCCUUCUUCUCUGCACCAGAACAGCUGUUUAAUUUAAUAGUCAAAUCUCUAUGA